CAACCCCUGCUGUUGUGAUGUGAAGCUGGCCGGAUCCUGCUCCACAGAAUCCGCCGAGAGGGAGCACCCGGUUCUCCUUCGUUGUAAUCGGCUGCCUCCAGAAAAACUUCAUGGUUCCCCGCAUCGGAGCAGAGGUCCCGCACCCGAGUCCCGCAUGGAACGACUGCGGGCGGAUUGGAGUAGACAUGCAGCGCCGCACUUCCAGCCCACAACAAGGAGAACCAUGCCCAGUUUACAUUGCAAGCAAAUCUAUGACAUCCUGUUUUAUCUGUUACGACUUUGAUACGUGCGAGGUUUGCCCGGGCACCGACGAGGAGUGAAGAGGACACGCACGGCUCACAAACUGAAGGACGCUGCUGCUGCUGCUGCUUAUUUUUUUUUCGCACCAGAGAACCGAAAUCCCCUGCAUUUCAAUUUUUCUUGAUGGAGCUGGAGAAUAUAGUAGCCAACACUGUACUGCUUAAAGCCAGAGAGGGUGGCGGAGGAAAGCGCAAAGGGAGGAGCAAAAAAUGGAAGGAGAUCCUUCGCUUCCCCCAUAUAAGCCAGUGCACUGAGCUGGGGAGCAGCAUCGAGAGGGACUAUGUCAGCUUCUGUGAGAAACAGCCCAUUGGAAGGCUCCUCUUCCGUCUUUACUGUGAGACCAGACCUAAACUGCAACGAUGCAUCCAGCUGCUGGACGCAAUGGAAGACUAUGAGGUGACACCUGAUGAAAAACGAAAAAGCAGAGGGAACCAAAUCAUCAAGACUUUUCUCUCAGAACAAUCACCUCAGCGUGUAGACAUAGCAGAGGUCUUUGCAGACCAGUGCAGAGAGAACCUCGAGCUCAGUCCAUGUAAGGAGAUCUUCGACAGCUGCCGCAAGGUCGUUCAUGACUACCUGAGUGGAGCUCCGUUUGAAGAUUACCAGAACUCCAUGCACUUUGACCGGUUCCUGCAGUGGAAGAUACUGGAGAGGCAACCAAUCACGAAGGACACAUUCAGACAGUACCGAGUGCUGGGCAAGGGGGGGUUCGGAGAGGUGUGUGCCUGCCAGGUCAGAGCGACGGGGAAGAUGUACGCCUGCAAAAAGCUGGAGAAGAAGAGGAUAAAGAAGAGGAAAGGAGAGUCAAUGGCGUUCAACGAGAAACAGAUUCUAGAGAAAGUCAACAGUAGAUUUGUUGUGAGCUUAGCAUAUGCCUACGAGACCAAAGACGCUCUGUGUCUGGUGCUGACCAUCAUGAACGGCGGAGACCUGAAGUUUCACAUCUACAACAUGGGCACGCCGGGAUUCGAGAAGGACAGGGUCCAAUUUUACGCAGCUCAGAUCUGCUGUGGACUGGACGACCUUCACAGGGAAUGUAUUGUCUACAGGGACCUGAAACCAGAGAAUAUCCUAUUAGAUGACAAUGGACACAUCCGUAUUUCUGAUCUGGGGCUGGCCAUCAAAGUGCCUAAAGGGGACCUCAUCCGAGGCAGGGUUGGGACUGUUGGUUAUAUGGCUCCGGAGGUGAUAAACAAUGAAAAGUACGGCAUGAGUCCUGAUUGCUGGGGUCUGGGAUGUCUCGUCUACGAGAUGACCGCUGGACGAUCGCCCUUCCGCGCCCGCAAAGAGCGAGUGAAGCGGGAAGAGGUGGAGAGGAGGGUGCAGGAGGAUGAGGAAGAGUACAGCGACAAGUUUACAGAGGACACCAAGGCCGUCUGUAGAUUGCUGCUGACCAAAGACCCCAAGCAGAGGCUGGGGUGCCAGGCAGAUGGAGCAGCGAGUGUCAAGGCCCACGCAUUUUUCAAAAACAUCAACUUCAAGAGGCUGGAGGCUGGAAUAGUGGAGCCGCCCUUUGUGCCUGAUCCUCGGGCAGUGUACUGCAAGGAUGUUUUGGACAUUGAGCAGUUCUCCACGGUCAAGGGAGUAAAUUUGGACCAAACUGACAAUGACUUCUACUCCAAAUUUACUACAGGCUGCGUUUCCAUCCCAUGGCAGAAUGAGAUGAUAGAAACUGAAUGCUUCAGAGAUUUGAAUGUGUUUGGGCCUCAAGGGGCGAGACCCCCAGAUCUGGACUGGAAUCAGCCUCCAGAGCCGCCCAGACGCAGCCUGUUGGACAGGAUCUUCAGGAGGCAUCACCCAGAGGUGUCUAUUUCCCAGAGCCGUGUGCAGUCUUCCAGUGUGAACUCUGUGGACUCCAUGUCCAACUCUGCCCCCUAGUGGCACAGUGACUGUGUGGGAGCCACACACACACAAUGGGAAGGAGCUCCGAGGGGCUUCCCUGCUGCUGAUUGGUCCACAUCCGGGGCCUGAGCAGCAGCCGGAGACAGCCUGUCUAAUAGCCUAAAUGGUCAGCCCAUGGGGUGGGGGUGGGUGACCGGGCCCUUAGACCCUGGGCAUUUGUAUUGGGAUGGUCAAUGUUGCAGAGACGUUUGGAAAAUAUUCGGACUAACCUAACUCACCCUCAGGAUUGUUGGACUAUAGAACAGAGCCACUGAUGUUGAUGAAAACAGGUUAAGAUAGAAAACAAGCUAAUAUUCAGGGGAUCCACUGUAUAAUAAAGACCGCCACAGGGAAUAGAA